CGGCAUUGGAGGCUGUAGCCUCGCUCUGGUCCCUGCGGCUGGCGGCCGAGCCGUGUGUCUCCUCCUCCGCCGCCGCCAUAUUGUCUGUGUGAGGAGAGGAGAGCGCGGCUACUGCCGCUGCCGCUUCCACCGCAGACAGUCUCAUUGCCCAUACUGGCCCCUAACUUGACAAAUAGUUGGGGCUAACCUUGAAUUCCCUGAUUCUCCUGCCUUUACCUCUUGUGUGUUGGGCUUUCCUGAAGAUUUAGGUGUUAUGUUAACUCAGUUUGAAGAAAAUAGGCCUGAAACAAGGUCUUAUCCACAUCUGCCUCCGAACACAGUAACUGCCAGAUCUUCAAACAUCAAGUUCAGCUUUGUCUGCCAACCUGUCUGACAUGUCGGGACCCGUGCCAAGCAGGGCCAGAGUUUACACAGAUGUUAACACACACAGACCCCGAGAGUAUUGGGAUUAUGAGUCACAUGUGGUGGAAUGGGGAAAUCAAGAUGACUACCAGCUUGUUCGAAAAUUAGGCAGGGGAAAAUACAGUGAAGUGUUUGAAGCCAUCAACAUCACAAAUAAUGAAAAAGUUGUUGUUAAAAUUCUCAAGCCAGUAAAAAAGAAGAAAAUUAAGCGUGAAAUAAAGAUUUUGGAGAAUUUGAGAGGUGGUCCCAACAUCAUCACACUUGCAGACAUUGUAAAAGACCCUGUGUCACGAACCCCCGCCUUGGUUUUUGAACAUGUAAACAACACAGACUUCAAGCAAUUGUACCAGACAUUAACAGACUAUGACAUUCGAUUUUACAUGUAUGAAAUUCUAAAAGCCCUGGAUUAUUGUCACAGCAUGGGGAUUAUGCACAGAGAUGUGAAACCCCAUAAUGUCAUGAUUGAUCAUGAACACAGAAAGCUAAGGCUAAUAGACUGGGGCUUAGCUGAAUUUUACCAUCCUGGUCAAGAAUAUAAUGUCCGAGUUGCUUCCCGAUACUUCAAAGGUCCAGAGCUACUUGUAGAUUAUCAGAUGUAUGAUUAUAGUUUGGAUAUGUGGAGCUUGGGUUGUAUGCUGGCAAGUAUGAUCUUCCGGAAGGAGCCAUUUUUCCAUGGACAUGACAAUUAUGAUCAGUUGGUGAGGAUAGCCAAGGUUCUGGGAACAGAAGAUUUAUAUGACUAUAUUGACAAGUACAACAUUGAAUUAGAUCCACGUUUCAACGAUAUUUUAGGCAGACACUCUCGUAAGCGAUGGGAACGUUUUGUCCACAGUGAAAACCAGCACCUUGUUAGCCCUGAGGCCUUGGAUUUUCUGGACAAGCUCCUGCGAUAUGACCACCAGUCGAGGCUCACUGCAAGAGAGGCCAUGGAGCAUCCUUACUUCUACACUGUUGUGAAGGACCAGGCUAGAAUGAGUUCAUCCAACAUGCCAGGGGGCAGUACACCUGUCAGCAGCGCCACUAUGAUGUCAGGGAUUUCUUCAGUGCCAACCCCUUCACCUCUUGGACCUCUGGCAGGCUCACCAGUGAUUGCUGCUGCCAACCCCUUGGGAUGCCUGUUCCAGCUGCCGCUGGUGCCCAACAGUAAUGACCCCCAUCCAUCUCCUGAUGCCUAAGCAGAGGUGGGGAAGUCCACCCUCUCCUUGAUGCAGCUUGCGCCUGUUGGGAGGGGUGAGAACACUUCAGAAGCACCGUGUCUGAACCGUUGCUUGUGGAUUUAGUAGUUGAGUCAAAAAAAAUUAUAAUAGGCUGAUUUUCUUUUUUCUUUUUUUUUUUUUAACUUGAACUUUUCAUAACUCAGGGGAUUCCCUGAAAAAUUACCUGCAGGUGGAAUAUUUCAUGGACAAAAUUUUUUCUCCCCUUCCAAAUUCAGUUCAUCACCACUAAAGAUCAAAGAUAAACUGGCCUCAGUCCCAGCUGCUGUGUUUGGGGGGGUCUCUUCCCCUCUCCACAUUGCUCUCCCCACAUUACUACACUCUUGGGGGUUGGAUCUUAUGCUCUCCUCCAGAGAUUAUAAAAUGUAGCUUAUCAAAGGAGGUGGGAAGAAGAAAGGUAGGGAGGACCCAGUCCAUGCUCCACACUGUUCUGCUGGUCACUUCAUCACCUUUCUCCAGGACUGCGUCCAUGGGUUAUUCCAGCUCUGGUGGCGGUGGAUCUGUCUUAGUUACAUCAAGAUGUUAAAAGUCUACCCGACUUGCAGACAGAUCCUUAAGCUUUUCUGAAUGAAUCAUGUCUUACUGACCUAACCCUAAAUCAUUUUAAUUUUAGUUUAGUUUAAAUCGGUGAUACUUUCCCUCCUUGACUCCUGCUUUGUUCUUUCCCUUUUCAUCUCCUGACAUACUGUGCUUCAGACCUGGUAGGAAAGGGAAGGCAAAAUCUUUUUCAGUUUUCUUUGACUUGGCCAUUUUGAAGUCAGUUAGUUACUGGGCAUAAUUUAUUGCUUUUUAAAAAAGAAAUACUGUCCAUAUAAGUUUCAUGCUAGCACUCUUAAGAGCUAACGGGUGAUGUGGCCACACUGGGUUCAUUUUAAGCUUUGUACUUUUUUCUCCUCCUACCGUCCCCUUUCUUUAUAUGCCAUCUAGUGAGGAGACCUGCUCUCAGAGUUGUAAUUGUGUCUGAGAGGCAGGAGCAGAGCCACUGUCUGCAGUGAACCAGAAAUGGUAGACCUGUAAUUGUGGGAAACUAUCAGUUCUCUUGUUAUGGCCCUGCCAUCCCUUGCUGUGUGUAUAUAUAUAAUACUUUGUCCUUCAUAUGUGAAAGAUCCAGUGUUGGAAUUCUUUGGUGUAAAUAAACGUUUGGUUUUAUUUAUCAAGGUUAGAUUUAAGUUCCCUGUGUAAAGUUCUCGCUGGGUGGGUGUCUCACAUUCAAACCUGAGGGGACUACAGCCCAUACCAUGGAGACUUCCCAAGGCCCUCAUUUUUAUACUCCCCUCGUUCGACCCAUGGUACUGGGCAGGGCAGGGCAGAGAGGCCUUAAAAAAAAAAAAAGCACCACAAGCCAAAGCGUCUCUGGGGAUUAAGGAUCCUUUGCCAUAAAACUCAUUCUGUGUCUCAGCAUUGCAGGGAUUGGGGAUAGGAUAAGUCGCCAGUUUGUGUGUUUGUGUGUGUGUUUAAAGUGGACUUUCCACUGUAAUCCAGCCACCUAAGUUUAUCAGGUGCUUCACUGAGGAAGCCUAGUUUUUUAAGCACAAUAGCAAACCAUCAGCUCUGUAUUUUCUCCUCUUGUUUCAUUACAGUAGCUGCCUGUGGGGACUAGGAAAAAAAUCUUCCAACAUAUUUUAGGGCCUAAAGUCUUAGUUCCCCAUUCUCCUAUCUUUAUAGAUUCAUAAGCCUUUCUCACAUGGCAUCAUAGAUAAAACAUAAUUGUUUGGGGAGUUGAAUUUAAUUAACUUACCUAACUUUGUAACCCAUCUUGGCUUUAGUAACUUUAUCAAGGUGGUGGCUUUAGCGAAUGUAAUGAUAAAGUAGAGGACGCUAAUGCCUUUCUUAACCUUUCUCAACCAUAGGGACAGCUAAAACGAAAACUUUCUGACUGCAGAGUGAUUUUUCUUAUUUUUGGCCACUUGCAGUGACUAUUUAUUGUACUUGAUUCUUGUAUGCCCUAGUGUGCUGUGAGGGUUACCAUGAUGGGUUUGUGCAGAGCCGAAAGCACCAGGUGUGCUAGAGAUGCAGUUUAUGAUUAUGUUUGCACUGGAUCGUGAUUUGAACAAGACACUUAGAUGGAUGAAUUCUUUCUUUUGAGGUGGAAAGGAAGGUUGUAGAUCAGGACUCCCUACCCUACUUACAGCUCAGAAGUCCAGGUGUGUCUGAGGCUGGUGUGGAUAGCUGCAGAUGGCUGGGCCUCCUCACUCAUCACACCUGGUACAAGAGCUGAUAGUGAAUGCAGAGGACUCUGAGAGCCUUUUAAAAUAAGUAGAAAUUUAAAAGAAACAGGGAGUCACUGCAGAAAUGUGGAGAGUUUUAAAAGACCUGAAUGGGGGAGGGGGUAGGGAGGGUCAGGGUUUACAGAGUAACAACUUCUGUGUUGUAAAUUACCUCAUCUGUACACCUUGUAUUGGGACACUAUUUCUCAGCACUUCCUGUGUCUGCAUUGCUUAGAUGGUGGGAAAUGGAUGCCAACAUGAAAGGGCUGUGUUGGCAGUUACUCUGAAAGUUUUUGGCUUUGUUUUGAAGUGUCCCCUUCCCCCCUUUAAAAUCAGAAUUCCUUCUCUUUGAUUUAUUGGUUGUAAUUGUAUUGUAAUUGGUAUGACUAAGACAUAACUGUGCUGGGAAGAAGUUGUGCCAUGAAGGUCUUUAAUUUUUUUUUAAUAAAAACAUUUAAAUAAAUGAAA